AUGAUUCUCAAGGAUCAUUUCAAUUCUCCAUCUGAGAAUUCUAGUGCUAAAUCUAUGCAUGAAUUAACAGAAAAUAUAAAAUUGCUAAAAAGUGAUAAAUUAAAACAAUUUGCAGUUGUAGAAGAGAAACGUUCCAAAUUGUAUAAAUCAUUAAUAGCAAAAGUUAAUUCAAAUUGUAUUGAUGAAAAACUUUUUUCUGCUUUACCCUGUGAAGUAUAUCCUCCUCCUCCAAGUUCGGUGAAUAAAACCCCAACUUCUGCUCAUCGAAUAAAUGCACAACAAAAUGUUUCUAUUGGUAGCAAUACAACAGUGACUAAUUCAAGAAAUCAUCGAUCAAAGUUAUCUGCUCGUAGUACAAUAACAACCGAAGGUACAAUAACUGAAAUAACCUCUACAACUAAUAAUACUAAUAAUGAAAGGAAGGAUGAAUUAACUGCAAUGAAUCUUAUCAAUUUAUCAAAUCGUGCUAAAGCUUUAUCCCUAUACAGUUUCCCUUAUAUUAUUAAAAGUGUAGAAUUAAAAGCCAACAAUCUGUAUGAACGUAAAGCUAGACAAAUGAGACAAGCUGUAGGCAGACGUAUGUAUUCAGAUGCUGAACGUAAAAAUGCCUGUCUUCAACGUCAAAUUAAAGAAGAUAUAAUUUUAUCCGAGAAAGUGAAAGCUGAAGCUGAAAAGCACUUUCACAAAUUGAAAUCAAUCAAAAGUCUACAGCUGCCUGAUCAUUCCAGAAGUAAUUGUGUAUCAAAUCUCUCUGAAAAUACAAGCAUUUCAAGUAAAUCGUCUAUCAACUCGCCAGUUGGUAACACUGUCACAGAUAAAUCUGAUCAGUUUUCAACAUACAGCACUACUCUUGUAGAUAAAUUGCAUCCAACUCCCAAUGAAUCAUUGAUGUGUACUGAGAAUACUAAUUCGCAUAAUUCAAUAGAUUGUAGGAAUAAAAAUAUAAAACAACAACUUGAAUCGACUGAUGAUUACGAUGAAGUACUGUUGUCUAUGUGGCGUCGUCUAUUCACUCAGCUGAAUAGGAAAUUACCUAAUCUUUGUCUUUGUAUGCAAUACUGUAAUAAUAAUGCUGGUGUAUACAGUGGUCGAAUACCACCGUGGUUGGAAUGUGCUAGUAAUUGUCGAUUUUACCAAAAACCUGAAGCUUUCUUGAAGUCUUUAACUGACUACAUACAAUCACAAAAUUGGUCGUAA